AUGCUAUGGUCAAAACCCAAAGUUUUCCAGGUCGAAAUCCCAGGGACAUCUGAAUCGACCUAUUUUUCGGCGCAAUCAAUCCAGCUCACUGCUUGCUGGUCAAUCGCUUUCGUCAGGAUGACAGCACGGGCUAGCAUGUCUACUAUCUGCUUGUCUCGUCAAACAACUCUGAGAUUCAGCCAGGCCGGGUCUUUCUCUCCCAAGCCAUUGAGAACGAGGAGGGGUCUUGCGACAGCAGGGCACUACAAAACCCCCAAGCCCUUCAACGAGCCUAAUCUCCACUAUGCUCCGUCAUCUCCAGAGCGAGAGAAGUUGAUCGCUGCUCUCAAAGAGUUGCGACCCAAGAUCCCCGUCCGAGUGCCUACCAUCCAGAAUGGAGCAGAAAUCCACACCCAGCCUAGCAAGUCGGAUGCUGAGACUUACAUGCCGUCGGAACAUACUUCAGUCUUUGCCAGAUACACCCCGGCCACUGAAGGCGACGUUUCCGCCGCCAUUCAAGCGGCGUUGGAGGCAAAACAAGCCUGGCAAGAUACGCCUUUCACGGACAGGGCCGCAAUCUUUCUGAGGGCCGCCGAGCUGGUUUCCAAGAAGUACAGAUUCGAACUCAUGGCCGCGACCAUGCUUGGGCAAGGCAAAAACGCUUGGCAGGCGGAGAUUGAUGCUGCUGCCGAGCUGGCGGAUUUCUACCGCUUCAACGUCUCGUACGCGGAAGAGAUCUAUUCGAGGCAACCCACCAUCAACGAGAAAGGCCAAUCAGGGCGUACCGACUGGCGACCCUUGGAAGGCUUUGUCUAUGCUAUCUCACCGUUCAACUUUACCGCGAUCGGUGGAAACUUGAUUUCCGGACCACUGCUUCUAGGCAACGUCGUGGUCUGGAAACCGUCUCCGUCCAACAUCUACGCAAGCUACCUAGUAUACAAAAUUCUACGCGAAGCGGGACUCCCGGCGCAUGUCCUUCAAUUCAUCAACGGCGACGCCGAGCUCGUUACGAAAGUCGCUCUAUCACACCGGGAGUUAUCGGCCAUCAACUUUACCGGCUCCUCUGAUGUAUUCCGCAGUCUUUUCGGUCAGAUCGCCGAUGGGGUCAAGGAGAAGAAGUAUCGCGACUUUCCACGACUGGUUGCCGAGACCUCAGGGAAGAACUUCCACCUUAUUCAUCCCAGUGCUGAUAUCAGCAACGCCGUCAAGCAUACUAUUCGUGCCUCUUUCGAAUACGCGGGUCAAAAGUGUUCGGCAUGCUCUCGAAUCUAUAUUCCCCAGAGUAAGGCAGACCAGUUCUUCUCCGAAAUCAAGAAGGAGUUGGGCAACGUUAAGGUCGGACCGCCGGAGGACUUCGGUAGCUUUACCGGGCCUGUGAUCAACCAAGCAGCAUUUACCAAAAUCACUAAGGCUAUUGACGCUGCGAACAAGGAUAGCCAGCUUGAGCUUAUCGUCGGCGGCAAAUACGACUCCAGCAAGGGCUUCUACAUUGAGCCCACCAUUUAUAACGCCAAAUCGGUAGACCACCAUCUCUUUGACCAGGAGCUUUUUGGUCCCGUCUUGACUGCCUUUGUGUAUCCUGACGCCGAGUUCGAAGCCAUCUUGGAAACAAUCGAUAAACAUGGCGGUGGUUUCGCUCUCACCGGUGCUAUCUUCGCCACAGACGCGGCCGCAAUCCGGCUGGCCGAGAACAAGCUGCGCUAUGCUGCUGGCAAUUUCUAUACGAACUGCAAGACGACUGGGGCUAUUAUUGGUCAACAGUCUUUUGGAGGCGCCAGAAGCAGUGGUACCAAUGACAAGGCCGGCAGUGCCAACAUGCUGAUGCGCUUCACGGCACCUCGAACUUUGAAAGAGGAGUAUCACCAGCUGGACCAUGUCCUGUAUCCCAGCAACGCCUAA